AUGACCUCUACCUUUGGCGACCAGUCCAUGGGGUCGCUCGUCUGGGUACCGCAUGAGACCGAGGUCUGGAAGAAGGCCCAGGUCGUCGAGAAGCCGACCGAGGCGACGGUCACCGUGCGCCUCAUCGCCGACGGCGACGACUACGACCCCGAGGACGGCGUCGUCAAGACCUUCGACAUCGCCGAGAUCGCCAAGCUCGCGGGCGAGGUCUCGGCCACCGCGAUGCCCAUCUGCAACUCGUUCGAGAAGCUCGGCGUCGAGGACAUGUGCACGCUCAACCAUUUGCACGAGCCGGCGGUCUUGAAGAACCUCCAGCUACGCCAUGCGCAGAGCAUCCCGUAUACGUACACGGGCCAGAUCUGCAUUGCCGUCAACCCGUACAAGUGGCUCGACCUCUACGGCAAGGAGCUCUAUCAAAAGUACCUCGACCAGCCGCGAAGCGAACUAUCACCACAUCCAUUUGCGCUUUCGGCGUCGGCGUAUCUCGACAUGCGCAAGCUGCACAUCGAGCAGAGUAUCCUCGUGAGCGGCGAGUCCGGUGCUGGCAAGACGGAGACGGUCAAGAUCAUGAUGCACCACCUGGCGUCCGUGUCCGGCGUCGGCGAGAAGGGCUCGACCGUCAUUGACCAGGUCCUCAAGUCCAACCCGCUCCUCGAAGCCUUUGGUAACGCCAAGACCAAGCGCAACGACAACAGUUCGCGCUUCGGCAAGUUUGCGCAGCUGCAGUUUGAUGCGAGCGGGUACCUCAUUGGCGCGCGCUGCGAGACGUACUUGCUCGAGAAGAGCCGCGUCGUCGGCCAGACCCAGGGCGAGCGCAACUACCACAUUUUCUACCAAGUGUUUUCGCUCGCGUCGGAGCUCAAGAAGUCGCUCUUCCUCGAGGGUAACGUCGCCGACUACAACUUUGUCAAGGUCGGCGCUGGCUCGCGCGUCGACAACACGGACGACUCUGUGUUUCUCCAAGAGACGAAGGAUGCCAUGGACACGAUCGGGAUCGACGACCGCGAGCAGCACGGUAUCUUUGAGAUCGUCUCGGCCAUCUUGAACCUCGGCGAGGUUGAGUUCCGCAAGGAGACGGUAGAAAAAUGCUCCGUCUUGAGCCUCGAACGCGUCGAAGCCGUCGCCGCGCUUCUUAACACGGCGGCGUCGGCGCUCCAGGUGACGCUGUGUCAACGAAAGAUGACGGCGGGUGGCGAGACGUACAUGAUCCCGCUCAACGUGGACCAAGCGGCGGACCUCCGCGACGCGUUCGCGAAAGGCAUGUACUCGCACCUCUUCGACUGGCUCGUCGGGCGCAUCAACCGCGCGAUCUGCUCGACCAAGAACACUGCGAUCCGCGUCCAGACGCUGUACCGCAUGCACGUGGCCCAAAAGACCUACCGCCGCAUGCAGCGUGGCACGAUCCGCCUCCAGACGCGCGUCCGCGGCAUGCAGGCGCGCAAGCGCUUUGUUGUGCUCGUGCAGGCCGAGCGGGCGCGCAAGGCGGCUCUCAAGCGGGCGGCUGAAGCCAAGGCCAAGGCCGAUGCGCUCCUUGCCGCCGACGCGAUGCGUGCGGCUGCGGAGAAGGAGAAGGUCAAGCGCAUGGAAGAAGCCAAGCGUCUCGAGGAAGAAGAAAUGCUUCGGUCGUCCCACAACCACAGCAACCAGGACGACGAGCCGAUUGAAACGAGCUCGGAAGGCAGCGACGGUGACCGUCUCUCGGCGUCGUCGCAGAGCAUCCUUACGUCGGCGGCGGCGCGCGUGGCCGAGGCCGAGGCUGCCGCUGUCGAAGCGCAAAAGGCAGCGAUGGCUGCUCUGACACACAACCGCGUCAUUCAAGCCGAGAACGAGUCGCUUCGUGCUAAGAUGGCCGCAUACGUGGCCGAGCACGCGGACGCGGAGCUUCUUCGUGAGAACGAGCGCCUCAAGCACCAAGUGCUCACGCUCCAGAGCAAGCUCGUCCGCGCCCAGGAAGUGUCUCUCAUUAGCGCCAAGGUGGUCGACAGCCGCAUUACCUUCCGCGAAGGCCGUCAGUUUGUCGAGUACAAGCUCCAGAUCGAGACCAACAGCCGUGGCACCCUCUUUGUGUGGCACCGGUACUCGACGUUCCGGAACCUCGCGACAACGCUGCAGACCAAGAACGGGUACCGCCGCAAGGACAUCCCGGACCUCCCGAACAAGCAGCUCUUUGGCAACUUUACGGAUCGCAUCAUCCAGGAGCGUAUCCAGAAGCUCAACGAAUUCCUCGAAGCCGCGACCAAUACCGACUACCUGCAGUGGGGCAUUCGCGUCGACCAGGACACGUGCUCGAUCGCGAUUGGGCGCGAGUCGAUGGCGCUGACGCACAACUCGUCGAUGGCGUCGGAAGACACGUCGCGCGAGUCGGUGUCCCGGGAGUCGUUCUCGAUCCGCGAGUCGCUCUCGAGCAAGUUUUCGCUGCGUCGGUCCAAAAAUUAG